CGGCCCCCCGUGCAGGCCGCCGCGGCCGGGCCGAGCGGUGACCUGGCGGGCCGCGCCUGCGCCCUGGCCCGUUUCCUGCCUGGCUGGUGGCGGCGGCCAUUUUGUCCAUCCUCCUCCUCCUCCUCCUCCUGCUGCUCCUCCUGGUUGGGGCGCAGUGUCCGGAGCGGGCUGGGGGGAGAGCGAGCGAGCGCGGGGUUCGGUGCCUGUGCCCCGGUGCCCGGCCGGCGCCCGGAGCCCCCCUCCCCUUCCUCCCCGCCCCCUCCUCCCCUCCCCAGCCCUGCCCUCCCCCCGCUCCCGGGAUCGCGCCGUCGCACCCACCAUGAUGGAAGACGACGGGCAGCCCCGGACCCUAUACGUAGGUAACCUCUCGAGAGAUGUGACCGAAGUCCUCAUCCUUCAGUUAUUCAGUCAGAUCGGGCCCUGUAAAAGCUGUAAAAUGAUAACAGAGCAACCCGAUAGCAGAAGGGUCAACUCUUCUGUUGGAUUUUCUGUUUUGCAGCAUACAAGCAAUGACCCAUAUUGCUUUGUGGAAUUUUAUGAACACAGAGAUGCAGCUGCUGCAUUAGCUGCUAUGAAUGGGAGAAAAAUUUUGGGAAAGGAGGUCAAAGUAAACUGGGCAACAACACCAAGUAGCCAGAAAAAAGAUACUUCCAAUCACUUCCAUGUGUUUGUUGGGGACUUGAGUCCAGAAAUUACAACAGAAGAUAUCAAAUCGGCAUUUGCCCCUUUUGGUAAAAUAUCGGACGCUCGAGUAGUCAAAGACAUGGCGACUGGAAAGUCCAAAGGCUAUGGGUUCGUGUCUUUUUAUAACAAACUGGAUGCAGAAAAUGCCAUUGUGCACAUGGGAGGCCAGUGGCUGGGCGGCCGGCAGAUCAGAACCAACUGGGCCACACGCAAGCCGCCCGCGCCGAAGAGCACACAAGAAAGUAAGGAAGAUAACACUAAGCAGUUGAGAUUUGAAGAUGUAGUAAACCAGUCAAGUCCCAAAAAUUGCACAGUGUACUGUGGAGGAAUUGCUUCCGGGUUAACAGAUCAGCUUAUGAGACAGACGUUCUCACCGUUUGGGCAGAUUAUGGAAAUCCGAGUUUUUCCAGAGAAGGGCUAUUCAUUUGUCAGAUUUUCAACCCACGAAAGCGCCGCCCAUGCCAUUGUGUCGGUGAAUGGUACCACGAUUGAAGGACAUGUUGUGAAAUGCUAUUGGGGUAAAGAAUCUCCUGAUAUGACUAAAAACUUCCAACAGGUCGACUAUAGCCAGUGGGGCCAGUGGAGCCAAGUAUAUGGGAACCCACAACAGUACGGACAGUACAUGGCCAAUGGGUGGCAGGUGCCGCCUUACGGGGUCUACGGCCAGCCGUGGAACCAGCAAGGAUUUGGAGUAGAUCAAUCACCUUCUGCUGCUUGGAUGGGUGGAUUCGGUGCUCAGCCCCCCCAAGGACAAGCCCCUCCCCCCGUGAUACCUCCUCCCAACCAAGCUGGAUAUGGCAUGGCGAGUUACCAGACACAGUGACUAGCUGGGACUCUGAGCAGAAUCACAGUUCACGAGAGCUUCAGUUUCCUGUGACACCCUGAAGACACGAACGGAGACAGCGGAAAGUGGAAAUAUUUAUUUUAAAAAAUGGAAAUGUUUGGAACCUUUAGGACAGCUUUGCUUGGGUGAAGGACACAUGUCUUCUAGUUCUGCCUUUUUAAGUUUUUGUUCAUGAUGGAUAUGAACAUGAUUUUUCUUUGUGUACAAAAACUAAAAUAAAGUCAAUAAAGACAAUUCUGACUAAAAAUUUUGAUAUAAGAAA